AUGCUGUCUACUCGUGGUCGCAGAUAUGCGGCCUUGGAUCUGGCUGCAGGCUACACCAAAAAUCGUGGCCAUCUCUAUGACAAGACCAAACAUCCAACAGGUUUAGUGUCUUUCAGCAAUGCGGAAAACUUGCUCAUGCGAGAAGAGGUCCUAGACUACAUAAAGACCAAGUGUAUUCCCAGCCUUGAGCCCGACACCUUGACCUAUCAUGACGGCCCUUUUGGAUCCAAGCGCCUGCGCCAAGCGAUGGCUGCGUUCAUUAACAAGCGUUUCUCGCCCGUUUCAGCUGUAACAAUCGACCAAGUAUCUUUUGUUAGCGGUGUGACUGCGUUGAACGACAUUUUGUCUCUAUGUAUGACAGACGGAGAGACUGAUGGUUUGCUUCUUGGUAUGCCGAUAUAUGGAUCUUUCUAUCCGGAUAUGGCGAGCAUGUCCAACUGCAAGUUGGUUUACGCCCCUUUCGAUGGCAAAGACCAGUUUACUACUGCGGCAGUUGAACAUUACGAGCGUGCUGUUGAAGAAGCUGGCCGAAAUGGGAUUAAAGUGAAGGCACUCAUCUUAUCCAAUCCACACAAUCCACUAGGCCGGUGUUAUCCCCGUGAAACUCUAGAGGCCAUCCUCCGCUUCUGCGAAAAGCAGAGCAUACAUCUUAUCAGCGAUGAAAUAUAUGCUCAAUCGGUGUAUGGCACGAGUUCGGUCUAUGCAGAAUUUACGUCAAUACUCUCCGUUAAUGUAAAAGGUAUCAUUGACGAGAAACUUGUUCAUGUAAUGUACGGAAUGUCAAAGGUAAAGUGA